AUGGUUCUUACAAAAGAAUAUAGAAUUUGUAUGCCGAUUACAGUAGAAGAGUACCGUAUUGGUCAGCUAUACAUGAUAGCUCGUCAUAGUUUUGAGCAGUCCAGUCACGGGGAGGGUGUUGAAGUAGUCGCCAAUGAAGAGGUUAAUGAUGAGGUCAAUGGAGUUGGCCAGUUUACUGAAAAGAGGAUCCAUUUGUCUAGUCACUUGCCAUAUUGGGUACAAUCGAUGAUUCCGAAAAUAUUUUAUGUUACGGAAAAGGCAUGGAAUUACUACCCUUAUACUGUUACAGAAUACACGUGCUCCUUCAUACCAAAGUUCUCCAUAUCCAUACAAACACGAUAUGAAAAUAACAAUGGCACCACUGAAAACUGCUUAGGCCUCACCCCAGAGGAGCUCGAGACACGGGAAGUGGAUUUCAUUGACAUCGCCUACGAUGAGAUCAAGCCACAUCACUACAAGGAGGCUGAAGACCCCAAGUUCUUUAAAUCUGAAAAGACCGGCCGGGGGCCUCUUGUGGAGGGAUGGCGAGAUACGCAAAAACCUAUCAUGUGCUGCUAUAAAGCUGUCAGUGUGAAGUUUGAGGUGUGGGGACUGCAAACUCGUGUGGAGGAUUACGUGCAAGGUGCGAUUAGAGAGAUAUUGCUGUUGGGGCACCGGCAGGCGUUCGUAUGGAUGGACGACUGGUACAACAUGACUAUUGAAGACGUACGGGAGUACGAGCGCGAGAUGCAGGCCAAGACCAACGUUAAGCUACAAACGACCAUAGAAAAAGCAGAAAACGCAGGCGAUGGUGAGGAAGACAAGAAGUUGGAGUCAUCAAAACCGAGCACACCAAAAUCACCGAAAUCACCAAAAAGUCCAGGCGCCACACCCACAGCAGAACCAAAAUCUUGGUUCUCCUGGUCCUAAGUUACGUCACAGAGGAUGCUUAAUCUGCUAAUAGUUUGACUAUCGUAAUUGGCAAACUAAUUAUGCUUGAGAUAAUAUCGGGAAUUAAUACUAUCGACAACAUAGGAAAAUAAUAAUUAGUUUUCGAAGUCACGAUAGAAUAUCGUUACUUUUAUUAUUGGCGUGCUUAAAGGCGUACUGAUCAAUACAAUCGGUCACAAAUACAGGUAAGAAUGCUAUUUAUUUGUUGGAAAAUACUCUAUAUGUAAGACACUGUGUGUUAGAUUAUAUAUUUUACCUGUUUAUAGUAUUAAAUAUUGCUGGUUUCCUAUUAUUGUUACACUUCUCUGAAUAGUGUUACAUCUCGUUGUAUGUUCCUCUCUAGGUAUACAAUCCACGGUUGUAAAUGUACAUAGAGUUUGAAAGUUUUAUAUAUUGUGAUUAAAUAAGUAAUAAAAAAAUACUUUCAUACAAACGGAAGUACUCCUUAUACAGAAUGAUAUUACUGAAAUCAUAGAUUUAAUUUUAUAUCAAAUUAUACGAGAUUUUUGUUUUUAUUUUUAAAAAGAUUACUGAAGCGCCCGCCCCAAUGUAUCUUGGUGAUGAAGGUGGCGUUAAUAUCCUUCUGAUCCCAGCCGGCUCUUACAGGGGUUAGUUCUGUGACCAUAAUUUGUUUUUACGAUAUCUAAUGCCUUCCAAAUCCCAUAAAAUUGGAAGCAAGCUUAAUAUAUUAGAUACUAUAUCUGUAGGUGAGAGGUAAAGGACCUUAAAUCCAUAUUUUAGAAUUUAGAUGUUUUUAUAGUAAAUUCCAAUCCAUUUUAAACAAAAAGUAAACAAGCCUGUUUGAUUAAAAUUGUAAAGCAAUCACACAAUGUAUCGAAUAAGUAACACUUUCACGUAUAUUUCGAAGAUUUCGACUUGAAAUCUCUUCCCUUUUUCCAACAAUAUUCAUUUGAAUAGCAUCGUAAAAUCGUAUUUGAAAAAUGGUAGUCC